CGACUGCGAUAUAAGAGCCGCCCGCCGCCGCCCUGGGACAGUGCAUCGACAACCUCGCCGUAGUGCAGGGCGCCGCGGCCCGCGGACACGACCACGAGGCAGACAGCCGCACAACUGGCGGAAGCGGAGAGGACUCGAGCGCUGCCAUGGACUUCUACUACUACGCGCCCAGCCCGCCGUGCCGAGCCGCCAUGCUGGUGGCGCGCGCCGUGGGCCUGCAGCUCAACCUCAAGGUCAUCGACCUGAUGGUGGGGGAGCAGCUGGCCCCGGACUACGUCAAGAUGAAUCCUCAGCAUACAAUCCCAACCAUCGAUGAUAAUGGUUUUAUACUUACUGAGAGCCGAGCAAUAAUGGAAUACUUCGUGGACAAGUAUGCCAAAGAUGAUUCUUUGUGUCCAAAAGAUCCGCAGAAAAGAGCAAGAGUCCACCAAAUGUUGUUCUUUGACGCCUCAACAUUAUUUCAACGAGUUUUAGAUUAUUUCUACCCUGUCAUGAAGAAGCAGAUGGCGCCGUCGCCGGAAGCUCUGGCGAAGGUGGAGGAGGGCCUGGGCUUCUUCAAUGGCUUCCUCGAGGGUCGCAGCUGGGCCGCGGGCGACGACAUCUCCAUAGCCGACUACACCUUGGCCGUGACGACGGCCACCAUCGAGGCCGUUGGUAUUGACAUUUCCAAAUACCCUAAAGUGGACAUCUGGUUCACCAAAGCCAAAGCGGCAAUUCCAGGAUUCGAUGAGAUCAACAGCGUUGGGGUGCAGCUCUUCAAAGACGUCAUGAGUUCUGCAACGAAGAAAGAAUAGUCAAGUGUUUUAAUUUUUUUAUUAUUUGUGUUAUUGUUUGAAGCCACAAUCUUUCAGCUAUGCAUGUAUAUUGCUAUUUAAAAAAAAAUUAACAAAAUUGUAUGUUACCUAUUACGAUAAAUCAAAACCUAUGUUAAUUUUUUCAUUACGAUUUUUACCCGUUAUUAGUAUUACAUAUCAAUUUUACAACUCACAUCUAAGAUAUUUAAACACUUGUUUUCUUCAGUAAACGUCUAGAAACCCGACCUACGUAUAAAAAUCUUACUAUGAGAGCGAAAUAUUAUUUUCUCAAUUCCGCUUUUAUCCUUUUAUUUGGUCUUCUAAGAAGACAUGCGUAUAGUAUAGAGUGAUAGCACGUCACAUUUAUUAAACAUUAAAUAAGUACAAGAAC